ACUUGCGUUGCACCCGGGCUGAGUGCGGCCGCGACGGGGCGGGCGGACUCUCGGGCGCUCAGAGCUGGCCUCGGGUCCUCGGAGCCUGGCGCUCGAACCUCCCUUCCGACCUCCACCCGGACCCCGACCCCGACCCGGCCUGGCCCGGCCCCCGCCCCCGCCCCCCGGGCCGAUGGACUACUCCUACCUCAAUUCGUACGACUCGUGCGUGGCGGCCAUGGAGGCGUCCGCCUACGGCGACUUUGGCGCCUGCAGCCAGCCCGGCGGCUUCCAAUACAGCCCCCUGCGGCCCGCCUUCCCCGCGGCAGGGCCGCCCUGCCCCGCGCUCGGCUCCUCCAACUGCGCACUUGGCGCCCUACGCGACCACCAGCCCGCGCCCUACUCGGCAGUGCCCUACAAGUUCUUCCCAGAGCCAUCCGGCCUGCACGAGAAGCGCAAGCAGCGGCGCAUCCGCACCACGUUCACCAGCGCGCAGCUCAAGGAGCUGGAGCGCGUUUUCGCUGAGACCCACUACCCCGACAUUUACACGCGUGAGGAGCUGGCGCUCAAGAUCGACCUCACUGAGGCUCGCGUGCAGGAUCUCACUCGAGCCUUGCGGCCGCGGGCUGACCCCGUGCGUUCUCCGACCCUCGUCCAGGCUGACUGGCCCCUGUGCCCGCAGGUCUGGUUCCAGAACCGCCGGGCCAAGUUCCGCAAACAGGAGCGCGCGGCCAGCGCCAAGGGCGCGGCGGGCGCGGCGGGCGCCAAAAAGGGUGAGGCGCGCUGCUCCUCCGAGGACGACGAUUCCAAGGAGUCCACGUGCAGCCCCACGCCCGAUAGCACCGCCUCGCUGCCGCCGCCGCCUGCGCCCGGCCUGGCCAGCCCGCGCCUGAGCCCCAGCCCGCUGCCCGUCGCACUGGGCUCCGGGCCGGGACCUGGGCCGGGGCCACAGCCGCUCAAGGGCGCACUGUGGGCCGGUGUGGCGGGCGGUGGGGGCGGCGGGCCUGGCGCGGGCGCGGCCGAACUACUUAAGGCUUGGCAGCCGGCGGAGUCCGGCCCCGGGCCCUUCUCUGGGGUUCUGUCCUCCUUUCACCGGAAGCCCGGCCCCGCCCUGAAGACCAAUCUCUUCUAGCUGCCGGCCUCUGGAGGCUCCGAGCCUGCCCCCAGAGACGUCCCUGCCCCUCCAGGACCUGACAGCCCCUCCCAUCUUGGCCACCCGCCUGGAAGUCCCCAUCCGUCUCCACUCCCUACUGUCUCACCCCUGGGUGUGUCCUCCCCAACUCUGGAGACCAAGUCAGGGCCACUCUCGUCCUCACCCACCCUCUACCAGCAGAGCGGAGUUCUUUAUACCGGGACCUCCUCCAGGAGAACCCCGGAGCCCCUUCUAGCUUGGCCUUCUUUGGAUGCGGUAUCACAUGAGGCCUGUCCCUAACAGUGCCCUCAAAGUGAAGGUCCUCAAGGAGGAGCGGCACAGCCCCCUUCCCUGGCUCUGCAGCGGCUGGGUCACCCCUUACGCUGGUGAUCAGGAAAGCCCGCUGCCCCACCCCUCGGGCCCACCCGUACAGAGGCUGUUGGUCGCCGGGAUAAUCAAUGACCACCGCCAAUUCAUCCCUCACGUGUCUCCUCUCUUCCCUAGCCCGUCUGGCACAGAGGGUGGACCUGUUAGAGGAGUGGAGGGGCUGCCUGGGGAAUGGGACAGAGGGAUUCUCUUUCCUAAUUUUUUUGGUUGUCCUUUUUCUUUGAAA